AGAGCAGAGAUCAGUUUCAUUUGGCAUGCCCAUCGAUCGGUUUGCCAGGAGCAAGAAGAGCUAUUCGCGAUAGGACCGAGUACCAGAGACAUUGGAGGCAUUUCAUUUAUGCCCGGCGAGAGAACGGACGGAGGAGCAAAAGAUCGAGCAGGAUGAGCCUGAUCAGAUUGGGGCUGGCGCUGCUGCUCCUGGUGGCCACCGUGUCGCAGUUGCUGCAGCCGGUCCAGGGACGUCGGAAGAUGUGCGGCGACGCCUUGAUACGGGAACUGAAUCACAUUUGCAUCAAGGGCUUUCCAUCCAGACUCAAGCGGAGCAAUGAAGUGCCCAAGGAUAGAGUGCGAACCCUGAUCCGCAGGCUCCGGCCGCUGGAGGAGGAGGACAAGGAAAAGGAAUCGGAACAAUUGGAUGCCACCGGAAGUGGACGCAAGUUGCGGCGCCACCGACGAAACAUUGCCCACGAGUGCUGCAAGGAUGGCUGCACCUACGACGAUAUCAUGAACUACUGCGCCAUAUGAUCAGCACCAUCUUUCCAGAUACCAGACACCAGAUACCAGAUGAACCCGAUUUGAUUUAUAUAAUUAAAUAAUUGGCGGCAGGGGGCACACGGGGGCAGGAUUGGCCCGAAAAGCAGGACAAUUUCCAACUCAUUUCAAUACACUUAGACCUAACUAUAAACGUAAUCCUAUUCCCAAAUAUUUCAUUGUAAAUUCCUAGUGGAAGCAAAUAAAGUUACUCUCCAAACAGCAGCAGCAGAAAUAAAA